ACUAAAUCCCUAAAUGAAUCUCUAGAAUCCCAUUCUCUCUCCUCUUUCUUCUUCCGAGCCUAAUACCACUCUUUCUUUUCUUCUCUCGCAUCUAAGUCGACCAGACCAGAUGAACCAUCUCCGGCCACCACCCAAUAACACGCACCCCACCACGAGCUUCCUUGGCUUCUGAAACCCCCAACCCGUGAAGCUCGCCUCCCCACUUGCCGGCCUCUGUCGCGACUGGCUCCCUGAAGAUUUUUUUGGCCUCCACCGUGUACGAUGAAGGCUCCUGCUGGCGACGGCGAAGGCUCCUGAGCUGGUGAAGUUCUUAGGCAUGGGUGGUGCUGCCAUUCUCUUCAAGAUUCAGAAACUCGAGGGAUAAUGGCAAUAUAUUCCACUGCACAGCGAAGGAGAACUUCCGAGAUUAUAUUUAUUGUAGUCUGAUGCUUUUUGUUGAGGGUACAAGCGUCACACACGCUUCUCAUAUAUUAUUUGGUUUGUCCUUUUAUGAAUAAUGUAAAAUUAGAACAAUUUUAUUGUAAGAUCCAUCAAUAGAGUAUCAUAUUAAAAUAUUAAGAUUGUUAUUAGGACUUGGAGUUGGUUUGAGUUUAUAUAUAUAUUUUAUUGAUAAUGUUGAAAGAUGUUGUUGAUGCGGUUCUUCGCCAACAGGUAAUUAAGAAAAGAAGAGAAAGGGAUUAGUGCUUAGGUUGAACCGAAACAGAUAUAUGAUAUUAGAAAAUGAAAUGGUGACUCAAAAUACAUUUUUUAAGUGGUUCAAAGGUUAAAAUCCUUCUACUCCACUAGUCAAUAUUAUUGCUAUAUACUGGGUAUUUGAUUACAGGGUAUUUUUUACAAUCGAGAAUCCAACCUCUAUUAACUCCCAAGGUCUCCAUAUUUAUAGGAGAAGGCACCUGGGAGUUGGUAAGAAGGUCAUCCCGUGACCUUCUUGCCUGUUAUGUCAACUCUGUGACAUUCAUGAUUAAUUCCUAAACCUGACACAUGAGUGUGGUCAAAUCAAUAGGUAAGGGGAUAAUGGGCCGCACGGCCCAAACCAGUUGUGGGAGUCUGAAUACGCACGUUCAUGCUGCGUGUCCGAGAAGUCAGGGAUAUAUCAAACACGUAAUGUCUCAUAUAUGCACCCUUACCUCACAUGGUUGACUUCAUAAAAGGUCACAGCCUCCACAUCCAGCUCGCACCACGAGCUGGAUGCUUACCUCGACCAGCGGCCUUCAGGGUCCAAGCUCAGUCCUUGAGCAAUCUUGGUGAACCCUUAGUUUACCUCGAGCUAAAGAGGUAGGGCCUUACAAUGGCAGCUUCGGUUUCGGGGAGGUCCACGUGGUAGUUAUGAUUAGGCCGUAUCUCAGCUCGUUAAUCAGCCCGUGGGAAAAUCAGGGCAUACAUCUGCCCCCCAAGCCUAUGCUCGUGGUACACGACGUCGUGCAGGGCCACAGUAGGGGCUUUUAGGCUUCCCCAUGAACUCUUCAUUUUCCACAUUCUACGCAGGCGCCGAAUACAUGGAACAUCGUGGUUGGUGACGGUACGUCUUCCGAGAACCGCAUUAAAUGGCCUAGCCUAUGCCCAGCUGUCGUUUCAUCUUUCGAGUGGAGGGCCUUGGAUCCCACAUCAGGGCAAUCCAACGGCCCUCUUCACGUGACCCUUCACGCAUAUAAAAAGGGGUGGCCACCUUACGCACGGGCCACCCGUUCAUUUGCAAUUUUUCAGAAAUUUUUCCCUUCUUCUCUCUUCAUCUUCAAGAGAAAAAACCCUUUUCUUCCCGACCGCCAUUCCUAACGUUCAAGAGGUUCAGGCGCAGAGACUCCUUCAAAGCCUUGGAACCAACUGCUCUGACGAAGCCCUAACCCAGGCGAUAUCUUCAUCCACUUCCCAGCCAAACACUCUGUAAGUCUCCUGACUGUGCAUGUUUCGAAGUUAUUUUUUACUGUAGCUUAGGUAAAUAUUUACUGUAGCCGCAUGCAAGAGUUUGCUGGGUUUUGUGGGAAUGAAGGGUGAAAGCCUUUUAGGUUAGGGUAUUGUUUGUAGUAGGAAGCCGUUUAGGAGCAUGGUUUACAGGAUGCAUUUUCUGGGGAAAAAUUUUGGGUAUGAUUUUUGGGAUAUUAGUUCAAAAUAUUCAGUAUUUUGGGUGCAAAACCGGGUAGCUUAGGGGACACGCUUCACAGGCGGUUUUACCUUUCUUGCCUAUUGGAACUUUCCCUCCAAGGAAAAAUUUUAACCUAACCCUCCUGACACACGAAUUUCGAGUAAUCGGGGAUCUGUUGGGAGCACAGGCGUGUGUUCAUAGAACCGCGUGGUCUCACUCUCCACGAGCUGGGCUUACCUCAGCUCGUGCAAAGAACAUUUGAUUUUUCCUCAUGCUCUGGUCGCCUUUUCUGAAAUCUUUUCUUUUGUUCGCUAGGCAACCACAUGGCACCGAAGAAGAAUGCCCUGAAAAGGACUGCCGGCAGCUCGACCUCUCAGCAAGACAAAGGAAAGGCGGUGAUGGCCGAAUCCCCAAUCCCCCACUUCGGGCCAGCGGUGGAACAGGAGCUCGAGGUGGCUCCUGAUGCGUUCUUUGAGGCAAAGAGGAUCGUCUCAAAGAUUACCGACCAGACGAAGGUCAACAAAAUAUUCCUCUCCCACAACAUCGGGCUGGGGAGAGCAUCAGUGAUUACCCGACCUCUCGCAGAGGGCGAGUGGAGCUGCGCGCCGCUUAACGAGGCAUUCGCGGCCUGGAGCGACGAGCAUUUUAAGGCGGGGGCCUUCCUCCCGUUGGAUCAGUAUUUUGCUAACUUCCUCAAUUACGUGAAGUUGGCCCCCUUCCAGCUCCCCCCCCCCCCCCCAACUCUUAUCGGCUGUUGGCGGGGUUAAGAUAUUUAUUCUUGAAACAGGAGUGGGAGGUCCCCACUCCUGCAGACAUUUUGUAUUUUCUCUGCCUCAAGGCUAGCCCGGAGCUGCGGGGGCGAGGCAACGAGUUUUAUUACUUAACCCGAUUCCCCAACACGGCUGCAGUCAUCGAGCUGCCCAGCCACCCCAACGACUUCAAAGAUCAAUUCUUUAUGUCGACGGGGUUCAGAAACUGCGAGCUCCACUACUUCAAUCGUCCUCGUAAGUGCUUUUCAACCUUAGCUCGUAAGUUAAGUAUCGUUUAGCUCCUCCAGUAUCCCUUUCUGAUUUAGAUUAAUCCUACAGCUAUCUUCGCGAGGACAGAGAAAUCUGUGACCCUCGGGGCCCAAUACGAGACACUGGCGGGCUUGCCCCUCAGUGAGAAGGAUUACCGCGUGCUCGUAAUAGACGAGACGAUGGUGGCCUGUAAGCUAACUUUCCCAAAUCAGACUUUGAACCUAAGGAGGCUCCGGGGGCUUCCCCCAGCUCGCGACACCAGACCUACCAUCGUGGAGGAGGUCGCGGGGGACGAAGAUAAGGAGGACGAGGAAGACGAGGUUCCCCUCGUGAGGAAUAGGAAGCGAGCGCUGGAGGUCACCCAGAGAACGGACAAGGAGAGGAUUCGGUCCGGAGCAGCCGCGGGUCCUUCUGGCCAAGGUAACCCUUACAUGUUUAGGAAUUUAGAUAGGGCCAUUACCGACCCCCGGCUAGCUAGGUUCAAUCCCAGACAGAUCAUCCAACGUCACCGAUGAGAUCUGGACCUGGAUACAACCCUGCUCCACCAUGUCGACCAGCUUGUGUUGGAUAACCAAGAUAGCCGACCUAGGGGUACCGUAGUCGUAGAUAACACCCUAGCCUUUAGGUCGAUCUUAUUUGAGGAGUAUGGGACCAACCUUCGGUCAUGGCCAUCACUCCGGAGAGGUGUCGUAGCUCCGGGACUUGGACAAUAUGUAGAAGAAUCUAGUCCGGAGCCAGAGUCGGAUCCAGAACUUGCGCCAGCUCGGGAAACAAUCGACUUAGAUUCUCCCGCAGGAGCUCCGGGGCCAAUGGUCGUAACCAUAGGUUCUUCUUCUAGCUCGGGGGGUAGGAUCCCUUUUAGUAUAAAUAUUUAUAUAUAUACUUGAAUCUCUCUUUGCUUUUGUUUUUGAAUGGCUGUUAACUUUUGUACUAACCAUGUCUUUGUUUUGACAGAAGAGAUGUCUCAUCCCUAAGGGAGUCUGCGAGCUGCGUUCGCCGGGGGGAACCCCUUAGCCGGGGCCCCUGGGCCAAAAAUGAAGAAGCUCCGAACAUCGAAAAAAGCCACAGGAACCCCAACUAAGUCUCCUGCAAAGGAGAAAGAGCAACCCCCAACUGCCCAGGCCGAGGGAACUGUUCCCCCUGCUGCAGGGGGAAGCAACAUGCCCCCACCCCCUCUGCGAGCUUCGGCCCCCACCCGGGACGCAGGGGCGAAGCUCGAGGCUUCGGCUAUUGUACCCUCUGAGUUACGCAUCCCAGUCAAUCCUCAGGACCUGGAGAAGAUUCCAGAGGCCUUCCGGGGAAUGGUGUAUGAGUCGGCGAACUACACCGUCAGCCACAUAUACAAGUUCAACGAGAAGGAGCUCAGGGCUAUCGAAACCAGGAGCCCGGUGGGCAUGCUGGAGUCUUCACUGGGCAUGGCCCUAACGAGCUUCGUUGCCCUUCAAUGGAGCAUCGCCAGGACCAAAACUCAGCUCGAGGAGAUGAGGAACGAGCACCAAGCGGCCGUGGCCACCCACCAGACUUCUCUACAGACGGCUAAGGACGCCUUGGCAGCCUCGCAGGCCGAGCUGGAAGAGACUCGCCCGAAGCUUCAAGAGCUAGAGACCGCCCUCGCCACUGCUCGGGCAGUCCUAGAUACUGCGAAGGCGGAGGCCAAGGCCGCCUUGGCGGCCGAGCGAGAAAAUUUAGCGCCGCCAUGGAAGACAUGUUCUACCAUUGCUAGGCCUAUAACCAGGACGCCGACUUCUCCUUCCUGGCAGCGGCCGUCUGGGAGCCCUUGCUGGAGAAGUUCAAAGCUCGCCUCGAUAAAGAAGCGCCUUCCGAGGCUGGGGAAGGCUCCGGCGCAACUGAGCAAGGCGAGAUGGUGACCUCUAUGGGGCCAACUGGCGGAGCUUAGGGCCUUCCUCUUUGUGCCCUUUUCUCGAAUAUUUUUUUAAAAAAAAUUUGUGUAACUUCUGCAUGAGGUGCUUACACCUCGAGACAAUUUAACUAUCAACUUUAUUUUUAAUUGAUUUACUGCCCUUUGCCUCUA